ACAACGUCUUCGUCGUAGUCGACCCAAGUCGUGCUCUGCUUGUGUCUUUUUCUCAUCCCGCAAGAAAGCGAUAAGAGAGCAUCUCGACGAGCGGCGCAUCGUCAGUGGUUGACCGAACAAGCGACGAACGAGUAGUCGAGUCAGUCAGUCAGUCACACUUUUACAUCAUCCGCGCUUGGAUCCCCCCAUAUAAUACAUGAGUCUGCUCCGUGUUACCGAAAAAAAUAGUUUUCUCCUCGCGGGCUUGUAAAAUUUUUCGCUGCCGUCGCCGUCUACACGUCUAUCUCUACAUCUAGAACAGGAUCAUCUGCACACAGGAUGGGCUACACGGGAUUGCUGAUGCUGAGCUCGGCCAAAAAGGGCCUGGCCACGGCCGUGCGCGGCUCCUCCGCCUCCUCUUACUCCACCUCCUCGUCCAAGCUGCCCUUCACCAUCAACUCGCUGGCGGGCAAUCGAGUGGAUAUGCGGCGGGAAAUGGUGACGGGCGAGCGGCCGCGUCGGGCCACCUUCACGGAGCGCAGCCAACUGCGCUACGCGCGACGCCUCGUCGUGAAGCUCGGCUCGGCCGUGAUCACUCGCGAGGACGGCCACGGCCUGGCCCUCGGCCGACUGGCCAGCAUCGUCGAGCAGGUCGCCGAGUGUCAGCUGGAGGGCCGCGAGUGCAUCAUGGUGACCAGCGGCGCGGUGGCCUUCGGCAAGCAGAAGUUGGCCCAGGAGCUGCUCAUGUCCAUGAGCAUGCGUGAGACUCUGAGCCCGGCCGACAAUACCAGGGAGCAAGCCACGACGAUGCUCGAGCCGAGGGCCGCCGCGGCGGUGGGCCAGUCCGGCCUCAUGUCCCUGUACGACGCGAUGUUCGCCCAGUACGGCGUCAAGCUGGCCCAGGUGCUGGUCACCAAGCCCGACUUCAUGAACGAGGAGACGCGCAAGAAUCUCUUCAGUACGCUGAGCGAGCUGAUCAGUCUCAACAUCGUGCCGAUCAUCAACACCAACGACGCAGUCUCGCCGCCGAUGCAGACCAGCGACGACGAGUACGUGAGCACGACGGGCGGCAAGAAUCAUCGCAGGGGCAUACCGAUCAAGGACAACGACUCGUUGGCGGCUAUGUUGUCGGCCGAGGUGCAGGCCGAUCUGCUGAUCUUGAUGUCGGACGUCGACGGCAUCUACAACACACCCCCGUGGGAGGACGGCGCCAAGCUGCUGCACACCUUCAGCUCGGACCAGCGCGGCAGCAUCACCUUCGGCGAGAAGUCCAAGGUGGGCACGGGCGGCAUGGACUCCAAGGUGAACGCCGCGCUGUGGGCCCUCGAUCGGGGCGUCAGCGUGGUCAUCUGCAACGGCACCCAGGACAAGGCCAUCAAGAGCAUCAUGGGCGGUCGCAAGGUCGGCACCUUCUUCACCGAGACCACCUCGAGCUCGGCGCCCGUCGAGGUCGUCGCCGAGAACGCCCGUGUGGGCAGCCGAGUCCUGCAGAGCCUACAGCCCGAGGAGCGUGCGGCCUGCAUCAAUACCCUGGCCGAUCUGCUCGAGUCCCGGCAGAACGACAUCCUCGACGCCAACAACAAGGACCUCGAGGAGGCGAGAAAGUCCGGCCUGGCCAAGCCGCUGCUGUCGCGUCUGUCGCUCACCCCGCAGAAACUCAAGUCGCUGCGUGACGGUUUGAAGCAGAUCGCCGAGUCGUCGCACACGAACGUCGGCAAGAUUCUCAGACGCACCAAGCUGGCCGAGGGACUGGAGCUGCGACAGGUCACCGUGCCGAUCGGAGUGCUGCUCGUUAUCUUCGAGUCGAGACCCGACAGUCUGCCGCAGGUCGCCGCACUGGCCAUGUCCUCGGCCAACGGUCUGCUGCUCAAGGGCGGCAAGGAGGCCGCGCACAGCAAUCGCUGCCUCAUGGACCUGGUCAAGGAGGCCCUCGCGACCGUCGGCGCCAGCAACGCCAUCUCCCUGGUCUCGACCCGCGAGGAGAUCGGCGAUCUGCUCUCCAUGGAGGAGCACAUCGACCUCAUCAUACCCCGCGGCAGCUCGGACCUCGUGCGCACCAUCCAAUCCCAAUCCAAGCACAUACCCGUGCUCGGUCACGCCGAGGGCAUCUGCCACGUCUACGUGGACGCCGAGGCCGAUCUGGCCAAGGCCGCCAAGAUCAUACGCGACUCCAAGUGCGACUAUCCGGCGGCCUGCAACGCCAUGGAGACUCUGCUCAUACACGAGCGCCACAUGAGCAACGGCUUCUUCCAGGAGGUCUGCGCCAUGCUCCAGAAGGAGGGUGUCAAGAUACACGCGGGCCCCAAGCUGCGCAAGCACCUGACCUUCGGACCGCCCCUGGCCAAGGGCCUCAAAGUCGAGUACGGCGCGCUGGAGUGCGCCAUCGAGGUGGUGUCGGGCCUGGACGAGGCCGUGGAGCACGUGCAUCGCUACGGCAGCGGACACACCGACGUCAUCGUCACCGAGGACAAGGAGGCCGCGCAGCGCUUCCAGAAGCAGGUCGACAGCGCCUGCGUCUUCCACAACGCCAGCAGUCGAUUCUCCGACGGCUACAGAUUCGGCCUCGGCGCCGAGGUCGGUAUCUCGACGGCGCGGAUACACGCCCGGGGCCCGGUCGGCGUCGACGGAUUACUGACGACCAAGUGGAUCCUCGACGGGGACGGCCACACCGCCAGCGAGUUCGCCGAGGGCGGCUCCAGGACCUUCGUGCAUCAGCAGCUGCCGCUGGACAACUGAAUAUCAACAGAUCUCUCACAGCCACCUCAUGAUCAUCUCUGCGACGCGAUUGUUAUCGUUGUUAUCGUUGUUAUUGUUGUUGUCAUCGUCGUCGCAUCCAUCGUGCCCAUCCCGGAGAGUAGACGAGCUUCUUCUGUGUUCCAGUCAUGAUUCCCCCACCUUUUUUUUCAAAAGUGCGCGCGUGCAACGAAGCUCGCACCGCGUCGCGCCCGAAAUUUCCGCGCGGAAAUUCCUCGUUCGUCUCUCUCCUCUUCGUUCGUUAUUGUACUCGUGUUAAUCGAAAAAAAAGAAAAGAAAUUGUUUUAUAUGCGAUAAGCUCUGUACAUAUUAUGUAAUACUGUAACUUUUAUUAUUGUAUGCCUUCCUAUAUAAGUCGUCGUGUAUAAGUCGUCGUUAAUAAGUAUUAAAUAACGAGAUCCAUAAUUUUUAAAUGCCUUA